AUGUUAAGCUCAGUAAAAUCAUUUCUUUGGAAGAGCGAUAUGAAUUACGAUGAAAGACAAGAUUAUAAUGCAACGAUUGCUUUGGUCAACGAAAGAACAGGAGGAACUACACAAAAUUCUGUUGUACUUUCAGGGUCACCUGACUCUAAUCAAAACAAUUCUUCUACUGGUUAUAACGUUGGUACAAAUAGUUUUAAUACUACACCAACUGGACCUUUCAUACCAAUACCACCACGCCAACAACAACAACAACAACAAACACCACAUAACGCCACCCCCAACACUGGUGGUACCACUGACACUUCUAAUAAUAACAAUAAUAACACAACUACUGCUACAACUACAACCACUGCAACCAACGUCAUCACCUCCUCCGCACCAAAUAACACAAACAACACACCAGUGUUAAGUAACAUAACAACAUCGAUUGCAGUAGGAUCAACUUUCCUAAAUUGGGAACAAGUUGAUGAAGUUUUAGAGCUGUAUGGGCGUGAAAAAGGGUUUGUUGUUAGAAAGAAGAGAGUGGAAAGGGAUGACAUGGGAAUGGUUCGUAAACGUACUUAUGAUUGCGAACAUGGUGGUCAGGCUGCAUCACCUAAAAAUCGUAAUUUGCCCAAAGCUGUACUUGAAGAUAUUGAAUUUUACACUAUUCACGGCAAUCUGGGCGUGACAACACAACGACAACUAUUAAAAGCCAAGUACCCUAAUCAUCAAUUACCUGCACGAGAUAUUUCAAAUGCUGUACAAAAAUUUAAAGGUGUAAUAGAUUUAAAAAGUUUGGAUAAUGAUGCACCAAAACUUUGGAUUUGGGAAUUAGCUAGGAAAGCUACACAAAUUGCACUUGAUCAUCAAGAUAAUACACUGGAAGAGCUUUUGAAAAGUUAUAUUAGAGAAAAAGAAGAUCUAGAUUUAUUGGGUGGAUGA